CAACGACCCAUGAGGUACGCCCAAACCUUGCACCUUCUCUUAUUAAGACUUAGAAUCGAAUUUUAUAGUUCAUGCGCAAACUGAUGCAUCCAACUUUUAUCUGAGGGUGAUGGGUUCUUUGCAAUUGCCCAUUUCUUUGGACCCGAUUGAUUCAAAGAAGUUCAUUUUCUGUGGAAACCCAUCUCAGUUUUCCGAUCAAUUCCCCAUUUUCUUUGUCACUAGUUAUAUUCGUUCUAGAGCUUGUCUACCCACUUCUUUGAUUAGGCUCAAGCACAUCAAAGUUUAUCCCUUUGGAACUGAAUCGCCCAGUGCACCCGACUCGAAUCAUGUUGAGGACAAUACUGUUUCCCCUUUGGAUGAUGAGUCUGUUAGGGGAGAGCUGAGUGUUAAAGGUGUAAAAGGUCGAGUGGAGAAAAAGGGGUCGAGAAGAGAUUUGGGUUUAAGGUGGGGUUUUAGAAGGAAUUUGAGUAAACCAGGAUGGGAGGAUUUGUUUGUCUACAAUAAUGAAUUGGAUGUUAAUUACUCAUCUGUUGAUCCUGACUUGAGCUUGAAGAACUGUAAUGCUAUAUUGAAUCGACUUGAGAGGUCUAGUGACAGUAAUGCCUUGAGGUUUUUUGAGUGGAUGAGGUGUAAUGGGAAAUUGGAAGGGAAUUUGACAGCUUAUAGGUUGAUUCUUAGAGUGCUGGGUAGGAGAGAAGAUUGGGAUGCAGCAGAGAUGAUUAUUAGGGAAGUGAGUUUGGAUUCAGGGUGUCAACUUAAUUUUCAGGUUUUCAAUACAGUUAUAUAUUCAUGUUCUAAAAAGGGGCUCGUUGAAUUGGGGACAAAGUGGUUUAGGAGAAUGUUGGAACACAGUGUUCAACCAAAUGUUGCCACUUUUGGUAUGCUUUUGGGACUUUACCAAAAGGGUCGUAAUGUUGAGGAGGCAGAGUUUGCAUUUUCCAAAAUGAGGAGUUUUGGAAUAGUAUGUCAAUCUGCAUACUCUUCAAUGAUCACAAUAUAUACACGUUUGGGUUUGUAUGAAAAAGCAGAAAAGGUUAUUGGAUUUUUGAGAGCGGAUAAAGUGGUACUGAAUAUGGAGAAUUGGUUGGUGAUACUUAAUGCAUACAGUCAGCAAGGGAAGUUGGAGAGGGCAGAAGAGGGACUUGUCUCAAUGCUGGAAGCAGGUUUUUCUCCUAAUAUUGUUGCAUAUAAUACAUUGAUUACUGGUUAUGGGAAGACAUCUAAUAUGGAAGCUGCUGAACAAGUAUUCCAGAGGAUCCAUCAUGUUGGAUUGGAGCCUGAUGAAACAACCUACCGUUCCAUGAUUGAGGGAUGGGGAAGAGCUGACAAUUAUGGCAAGGCAGAAUGGUAUUAUGGGGAGCUAUGUCGAUUGGGAUUUAAGCCUAACUCAUCCAACUUGUACAGGCUAAUAAAUUUGCAAGCAAAGUAUGGGGAUGCAGAGGGUGCCAUUAGAACACUUGAUGAUAUGCUCGAGAUGGGAUGCCAACAUUCUUCAAUCCUUAGUACUCUUUUGCAGACAUAUGAAAGGGCUGGAAGGAUAGAAAAAGUGCCUCUCAUUUUGAAUAGGUCUUUCUAUCAACACGUCUUAGUUGACCAAACUUCUUGUUCCAUCGUAGCCAUGGCUUAUGUGAAACAUGGAUUGGUGGAUGAUGCAAUUAACAUUUUGGGAAACAAAAGGUGGAAGGAUCCAGUUUUUGAGGAUAACCUUUAUCAUUUGUUGAUUCUCUCCUGUAAGGAAUUGGGUCAUCUCAAUAAUGCUGUAAAGAUAUUUGCUCAAAUGCCUGUCCUUGAAGACAAGCCAAACUUGCAUAUUAUGUGCACAAUGAUUGACAUUUAUAGUGUCAUGGGUCAAUUUACCGAGGCAGAGAAACUUUAUCUGAAGCUGAAAUCUUCUGGAAUUGCAUUGGACAUGAUUGCCUUUAGCAUAGUUGUGAGAAUGUACGUAAAAGCUGGAUCUCUAAAGGAGGCUUGCACUGUUCUGGAAACAAUGGAUAAGCAGAAGGAUAUUGUUCCAGACAUUUAUCUGGUCCGUGACAUGCUCCGUAUUUAUCAGAAGUGUGGCAUGCAAGACAAAUUAGCAGAUCUUUACUACAGAAUUCUAAAGAGCGGAGUUACUUGGGAUCAGGAAAUGUACAAUUGUGUCAUAAACUGUUGUGCACGUGCUUUGCCAGUCGAUGAGCUUUCCAGGAUUUUUGAUGAGAUGAUUCAGCAUGGUUUCUCUCCUAAUACCGUCACCUUCAAUGUCAUGCUUGAUGUUUAUGGAAAAGCUAAGCUUUUCAACAAGGUGAAGAAGUUAUUCUGGAUGGCAAAAAUGCAGGGCUUGGUAGAUGAGAUCUCUUACAAUACUAUUAUUGCUGCCUAUGGCCAGAAUAAAGACCUGAAAAACAUGUCAUCAACUGUUCAAGAGAUGCAAUUGGAGGGCUUUUCAGUUUCCCUUGAAGCAUACAACUCUAUGUUGGAUGCAUAUGGGAAAAAAGGUCAAAUGGAAAACUUUAGAAAUGUACUGAAGAGAAUGAAAGGAUCAAGCUGUGCUUCAGACCAUUAUACCUACAACAUUAUUAUCAACAUUUAUGGAGAAAAAGGAUGGAUUGAUGAAGUCGCUGCUGUGCUGAAGGAAAUAAAAGAAAAUGGACUAGGGCCUGAUCUUUGCAGCUAUAAUACAUUGAUAAAGGCAUAUGGAAUUGCUGGAAUGACUGAAGAUGCUGUGGGUUUGAUCAAGGAAAUGAGAGGCAAUGGUAUAGAGCCUGAUAAGAUAACCUAUGAUAAUCUAAUAAAUGCAUUGCGAAGGAAUGAUAUGUUCUUGGAGGCAGUCAAGUGGUCCUUGUGGAUGAAGCAGAUGGGAUUGUGAGCUGUAAAAUGUGGAUAGUGGGUGAUAAUCCUUUUUGUUUCGUGUCAUCUACACAACUGCCAACACCUAAUUUUCUCCGGCUUCAGCUGCUCUUACAUAACUCAGGUUAGAUUGUGUAUGGCCAUGGUAAUUUUCUCUUGUUAAAGGCACAGUAAUCAGGGGGGGAAGUUGUUUACUUUAUGAAUCUGCUGAAGUAGGAGAAAACAAAGGUGCAAUGGACUUUGUAAGACAUUAAUUUCCCAUAAAUAUUCCCAUAAAUAUUCAUGCUGGAA